CUGAGCGGCGUUCCCGCCUUUUUUUUGAGGGGGGGAGGGGCAGCGCUAUAACCCCGUGCUCCUGCCCCUGUCCCGCUGCUGCCCUGAGCCCGGAGGAGGAGGAGGAUGGCAGCAGCAGCCUCCUUGUCCUGCCCCUGAGGGGGCUGAGGAAAGCCUCAGACUGAGGGAGCGGAGUCUGGUCCCUCGGGGCUGCUGUUCGCUGUGGAGGUCGGGCAGGAUGAUGUCUCCAUUGGGCAUGUGUGCCUGAAAGCUUUGCAGAAGAUGACCAAUUUUGUAUUUGGCUCGGACGUGAUACCUUUGAUUUAGAUCAAGAGUUGCAGAUUUUGGCAUUUCUUUUGGUCUCAAACCGAUGCAGCCGCUCAGCCCAGCUCUUCAGAUCUCUUUUUCUCUUCCUCAGAUGCCUCUGAAGCAAAGGAGCAUGUAAGAAAACCUCAGUCUGGCAUUUCGUAGUGUUUUAUGCCACCUAAAAAUGCGGCAGAAGAAAACGUCCGCUCUCCCGGUGUUGUCGUUCGAAUUCUUCCGUGCUCUGUCCAUGGCGGCGAGCUGGCUUUUGAAAAAGAGAUGACUUCUGCAGGCUGCACGCACAGCUGACUUGAGGGAAGACGGCAUGGCUUACGAUGGAUGCUUAUCUUGAAGGGGGAAUUCUGUACUCCAAAGCUGAAACGAGGACGCCUUGGACGCCCAGCCUGACUUGGAGCGAGCGUCGAAGGGACUGUGGCAGGAUGUUUAUCAGCAUCAGGAAAGCCAGAAAGUUUGUGCAGGUAGUUGCCACUUGCUGCAUAGUAGGUCUCAUGAUUUUCUGGACACCCCUUGAUAAUAGCAUCAUGAACCAUAUGAAGUCCUAUUCUUACAGAUACCUCAUAAAUAGCUACGACUUUGUGAACGAGAGCUUGUCUAUUAGCAAGCACAGUUUGAACAGAGUAGCAAGCUACCCAUACUUGAUCAAUCACAAGGAGAAAUGCCAACAGCAAGAUGUCCUCCUCCUAUUGUUUGUAAAGACUUCUCCUAAAAACCGGUAUCGGCGCAAUGCGAUUAGACAAACGUGGGGUAACGAGAACUACGUGCGUUCUCAACUGAAUGCCAACAUUAAAGUGGUUUUUGCUUUGGGGCGGCUAACAGAUCGUACACAGCAAGCACAGGUGCAAAGAAAACUUAUCUUAGAAGACCAGACAUAUAAUGACUUGAUUCAGCAAGACUUCCUGGAUACUUUUCACAAUCUUACCCUUAAGUUACUUCUGCAGUUUAGCUGGGUGAAUGCCUACUGUCCUCAUGCGAAGUUUAUGAUGUCUGCUGAUGAUGACAUCUUUAUCCACAUGCCAAACCUUGUGGCUUAUCUUCAAAGUCUUGCCCAAAUGGGAGUUCAAGAUCUCUGGAUUGGCCGUGUCCAUCGUGGCUCCCCUCCCGUGCGAGAUAAGUCAAGCAAAUACUAUGUCCCAUAUGAAAUGUACCAGUGGCCUUCUUAUCCUGACUACACAGCCGGGGCUGCUUAUGUAAUAUCAAGCGAUGUAGCAGCUAAAGUAUAUGAGGCUUCACAGACUCUUAAUACAAGUCUCUAUAUAGAUGAUGUUUUCAUGGGUCUCUGUGCCAAUAAAAUGAGAAUUGUACCACAAUAUCAUGUAUUUUUUUCCGGGGAAGGGAAGGCCCCAUAUCAUCCUUGUAUUUACAACAAAAUGAUGACCUCUCACGGACAUGUAGAAGACCUUCAUCACCUGUGGAAGCAGGCAACGGACCCCGAAGUCAAAAACGUUACCUCUGGGUUUCUUAGUAGAAUGUACUGCAAACUUGUUAACAUCUGGCUGCUUUGCAGGAUACACUAUCAGAACACAUAUCCUUGCUCUGCUGCAUUUUCCUAAUACUUGAAUAUCUGCAUACAUGUUUACUGAGCCAAAAUGGAACUGCAACUCAUAACUGUUAUCUAAAAUAUAUGUAAACAUGAAAAAGAGGUAACGUUUAAAAUGUGAAUAGCUUUUUGGGGCAGUGGGAGGAGAGGAAUCCUAAUCUAUGUUGUUCAGGAACUUUACCAGAAUAGCCCUUUUACUGUAUUAAACUUUCUAUAUGUCCACAUUGGUUUUCCAUCCUUUCCCUCUAGGAAUUUGUCUUGCAUAGAAGUCAGUUCAUGCAUUCAUUUAAUAAUCUUUUUAGAUGUGACAAUGUCCUAUGAAAAGUAAGUGAACUUGGUGAGUCCAGCAUCGAGAAGCCUUGUUAACUGCGUUCAUUCUUACGUUUCGAAUGCCAGAGUGUAAACGGGCACAGCACUACAAGGAAAUGAAAUGGCAUGUCGUUGGUGCACCUGUUGAACAAUUUUUGACUAUGAUGUAACACUUUCCAAAAGAGGAAGUUAAACUCUUAGCUUUAUGAAAGCAGGAUGUAGUGGCACCUUUUAAAAGUUUUGAGUAAAGAAAGUUGCAUGUGUUUACUUUAAAAAAAGAAAUGCUAAACGGCAAAGUAAAACACUUCUAAAAUCGACAUGAUCUUCAGAGUGGUGGUGGAGGUUAAAACUUGUUAACGUACUGUUUCUUAAACCCUGUGAGGAGACGGGGUGGUGGAGAGGGGGAAAUGGCAUUCAGAUUGUCCGAAAUAGCUCCAUCAAGUGUUGUGAGGUCUGUUUUUUUUGUUUUUUUUAGAUUGGGAAUGAACUUAUGGGAGGAUGAAUUAAUGGCUUCUCAAUGUUAACUUAGGAAAUACCUGUUUCAACAACAAUUCUUUUUUUUUUUUUUUAGGUGCUGUUUUUAUUUAUUUAUUUAUUUAUUUUCUCAGUGGUAUACAUACACUCUCUAAUCUAACUCUCUGAAAGUACACUUGAGAUGGGGUCUGGCCUUCCAGUGGCAAAAAUGCUUGCCUCCUCUCCAGGUGGUCUGUUCUUCUUGGGGGGUUUUUUUUGUUUUGUUUUUUUGUUGUUGUAAAAAAACCAAACAAACAUGAAAAUUUAACCCCCCCCAUAUAAAUAGCUGAAGUUAUUACUGUUACUGGGGGACCUCUCCUAAGAGGCCAAAUUCGAUGCCCAAGCACUAACAAAUCAGGACGCAUGAGAAGCUGAAAAUGAGGUUAGACUGUAUAAAGAGGGAUAUGGUGGAAAAAUAUCGAUAGAGAUUCUUGAAGACCUUAAGGUGUAGAAUUGAAAGAGUAGGAAAAGCACUAAGUGGCUUUCUCCAAAGCUAAAUGGUUUCAAGAACAGAUCGCAGUUUUGUGAAGUAGGGAGUGUCAACAAAACCUGUAACCUCAAUACCAUUUUGGAUGUUGCUGUUGCUUCUCUUGCAUGAUGAACAACAGGACUAAUCCAUAAAGCACGGUUUGGGGAGGAAGAAUGGACAAUCUUCCUGGUUAUUAGUUUUGAGUUCACUGUUUUAAUAGUCUCUGCAAAUCGGUGUUGUCAUAGUUAGCAAUUCUAAUUGCUUUUUGUGUGGAUGCAAACAGUAUUGAACUGUAUUUGGUUUUGACAGUGGUAUGAGCUCUUAUGUAGAUUGGAUCAAAACCAAAUAUCACUUUAAAAGGCUUGAAAUAUAAAUCCUUAUUCAGCAGCAGCAAUGCAAGCAAGGGAUAGGAAAUUAUCUCUCUUGCUUAAUAGCAUUUGGGCUGUUGUACAGUUAGUGUUCUGGCUUCAGGAGCUUUAUGCCCUUUCCUGGGAGCAUGUCUAUUCCCUAGCCACGCUUCCCUCCAUUCAGGCAAAGCUAGAAAGUAGAGGCGCUAAAGACAUGAACCACGAUGUUGCCUAACUUCACUCAAGUAGGUCUAGAUUGAAGUUCAUGGUUUAGCUGCUGCAACCUCCCUCCCUCCCAGAAGGGCAACAAUGGUAGGCAUUUAUAGAGAGGCAAGUGUAGGCAAGGGACAAGAGUUAGCUUCUAUCAGUUAGUUACUGGAACACCAUUCAUAUUGGACUCCUUGCAGAUUGUUUCCCUACUCUUCCCAUAAGGAUAAAAGCCUGAUGAUAAUCUACUAGAGUGGAGGAAAACUAAAGGCAGUGGAUUGUCUUGACAAACUGAACAGGGAAAACCUUUUCAGUUUAACCCUAGCCAAACCCUAGUGUUGGGUCCAUGGAGAGCGUACAGAGGGAGGCUUGGUGAUUUAUCAGCACUGUCUGGGAAAAAUACAGAAAUUCCUUUCAUCUCAUUCUGCUGGCUAAUGGUCCAUAACUUGGUAUCUUCAAAUCUUGCAAUGCAAUAGUCCAGUUCAUCUAUGGUUUUUCUCAUUAAGAGGUUUGUUGUUGUGUGUUCUUUACUGCACUGAUUAGCUUCCAUUAAAGGAAACUGGUGAUGUCAAAAAGUUACAAGUUUUUAGAUCUAGAUUUCUGCAAGAGAUAUCGAUAAAUGUCACUGGGAGCAAAUUCACUCUAGAACACCCAGCUGGUGUAAAAUAGUAAGAAGAACAGUAUUCUUUUUGGAUGCAAGCCUCAACCUUGUAAAGGCUUUACCCUCAUUCCCAAAUAAAAUUAAAGCAUGCAUAAGUGUCUGUAGUAUUAGGGCUCAAUUUGACACCUGUAACUUGUAACUUUAAUUUUGACAUUUUUACCCAUGGCGAAACUAAGCUGGUUUUGAACAUUUUGAAAUGCAUUUGUUUUACAUGUGUUUAGCUUUAAAAUGACAGUGAUGUUUAUAGUAUACUUUGUUGCAGUGCAAAGGGAGAAAAUGGCUUUAUAAAUUUUUUUGAAGGAAGAUAUGAAGGUACUCCUUCCAGAAAAUGGAGAAGCUAGGUCAUUCUAACUUCUGGUUCUAAACAUGUUCACCUUGAUUUGGAUGCUCUGUUUUGAGAGGCUUGUCUGCUCCAAUGCAGGGCUGGGAUGUUUUACUUGACAGUAAAAUUGCAUCAGCCUGAAUGGUCGCUUGCCAAUUAAGUUUUGACAUUUGCACAAAAUGUUUAAUGCUGAAAUUUAGGUUUUAUCUGUUUGUUGGUUUGCAUCCAUUUUUCUUUAUUAUUAAUUUUUAUACAAAAGCAUAAAUAUUUAUUCUUGAAUUUUUUUUGGUUUGUACUAUAAGACAGUUGUUUUUUGUAAAUGGUUUCUGUUUUGAAUAAACAGACUUGUGUGUGGUUUUUUUAAAA